AUGAGAAGAAACGGUAUGGACCUUUUAUGGAGAAUCUUAGCGGCUCUGAGCUUCGAUUGUUUUAAGGAUUCGGCGUCUUCACAGAGGUGAGUGUGAGAAAAUUCGAUCACAUUUUCCCACGCGCAAUGACCAUAAUUAUUUGUUUAAUAUUGUAUGAUAUCCCACAGUUUUUAUGCCAUUAUAUAUUACACUGAACAAAAAUGUAAACUCAACAUGCAACAAUUUCAAAGAUUUUACUAAGUUACAGUUCAUAAAAGGAAAUCAGUCAAUUGAAAUAAAUGGAGUUCACAUGACUGGGAAUACAUAUAUGCAUCUGUUGCUCACAGAUACCUUCAGAAAAAGGUAGGGGAGUGGAUCAGAAAACCAGUCAGUAUCUGGUGUGACCUCCAUUUGCCUCAUGCAGCACAACACAUCUCCUUCGCAUAAAGUUGAUCAGGCUGUUGAUUGUGGCCUGUGAAAUGUUGUCCCACUCCUCUUCAAUGGCUUUGCAAAGUUGCUGGAUAUUGGUGGGAACUGGAACACGCUGUCGAUCCAGAGCAUCCCAAACAUGCUCAAUGGGUGACAUGUCUGGUGAGUAUGCAGGCCAUGGAAGAACUGGGACAUUUUCAGCUUCCAGGAAUUGUGUACAGGGCCUUGCGACAUGGGGCCAUGCAUUAUCAUGGUGAAACAUGAGAUGAUGGUGGUGGAUGAAUGGCACGACAAUGGGCCUCAGGAUCUCAUCACAGUAUCUCUGUGCAUUCAAAUUGCCAUCGAUAAAAUGCAAUUGUGUUCGUUGUCUGUAGCUUAUGCCUGCCCAUACAUAUCGCCAUCAUGGGGCACUCCAUUCACAACGUUGACAUCAGCAAACCGCUCGCCCACACAUCUGCCAUCUGCCCGGUACAGUUGAAACCGGGAUUCAUCCGUGAAGAGCACUCUUCUCCAGCGUACCAGUGGCCAUUGAAGGUGAGCAUUUGCCCACUGAAGUCGCUUACGACGCCGAACUUCAGUUAGAUCAAGACCCUGGUGAGGACGACAAGCACGUAGAUUACCUUCCCUGAGAGAGUUUGACAGAUUGUGCAGAAAUUCUUUGGUUGUGCAAACCCACAGCUUCAUCAGCUCUCCAGGUGGCUGGUCUCAGACGAUCCCGCAGGUGAAUAUAUUGCCUUCGGAAAGUAUUCAGACCCCUUGACUUUUUCCACAUUUUGUUACGUCACAGCCUUAUUCUAAAAUUGAUUAAAUUGUUUUUUCCCUCAUCAAUCUACACACAAUACCCCAUAAUGGCAAAGCAAAAUCAUAUUUUUGACAUUUAUGCUAAUUUGAAUAAAUAAAAAACUAAUCAAUUUAGAUAAGUAUUCAGACCCUUUACUCAGUACUUUGUUGAAGCACUUUUGGCAGUGACUACAGCCUCAAGUCGUUUUGGGUAUGAUGCUACAAGCUUGGCACACCUGUAUUUGGGGAUUUUCUCCCAUUCUUCUCUGCAGAAUCUCUCAAGCUCUGUCAGGUUGGAUGGGGAGCGUUGCUGUAAAGCUAUUUUCAGGUCUCUCCAGAGAUGUUUGAUCGGGUUCAAGUCCAGGCUCUGGCUGGGCCACUCAAGGACAUUCAGAGACUUGUCUCGAAGCAACUCCUGCGUUGCCUUGGCUGUGUGCUUAGGGUCGUUGUCCUGUUGGAAGGUGAACCUUCGCCCUAGUCGGAGGUCCUGAGCGCUCUGGAGCAGAUUUUCAUCAAGAAUCUCUCUGUACUUUGCUCUGUUCAUCUUUGCCUCGAUCCUGACUUGUCUCCCAGUCCCUGCCGCUGAAAAACAUCCCCACAGCAUGAUCCUGUCAGGUGGAUGGAUUAUCUUGGCAACGGAGGAAUGCUCACUAACAGGGAUGUAAACCAAUUUGUGCACAACAUUUGAGAGAAAUACGUUUUUUGUGCAUAUGGAACAUUUCUGGGAUCUAUUAUUUCAGCUCAUGAAACAUUUUACAUGUUGUUUUUUAUAUUUUUGUUCGGUAUAUUAUCGAGUCAGAGGCGAAGUGUCAAUAUCACAGUAAAUAAUAUUUCAUUUAAGUUUUAAGACUAGACUAAAAGCAUAUAGAUAAUCUGUUUGAUCCCCCCUCUAUAAGAGUUUGUAAAAUGUAACAAUAUAUUUGCUAUGAUUGACCUGAAAGAAUCUGAAAGAAAAAAUCCAUCCUUUACAGUUGUUAGGACAAAAGGUUUGUGAAGCAAAAAGGUUUGCCUCCAUUCUCCAGCAUUGUCUUCAUGAGACAUAUUAUGAGAGGGAUUUAAUAAUGUGUUACAUGACCACACAUUUAGCCAGAAAUGCAUCUUACUUUGUUGGAAACCCUUUGUUAAACCAAACUGCACAGAAAACAUAUCACACAUUGUAUAUCUUACUGAAAAUGCAAUGAUAUCUGCAUGUAUGAUAUAUUAUGUUUUCUAUUCAGGGUUGCUGAACACUUGAUCGUUUCUAUACUGAUAUGAUUCUAUUACAUACCAUUUUGCCCCACAGCAUUUAUUUGGGCUAAAUUCAUAUUCAAAGAUUCUCAGUGUACAUUUUUACAUUUUAGUCAAUUAGCAGACGCUCUUAUCCAGAGCGACUUAGUUAGUGAGUGCAUACAUUUCCACACUGGCCCCCCGUGGGAAAUCGAACCCACAACCCUGGCGUUGCAAACGCCAUGCUCUACCAACUGAGCUACACAGGACUACACUGUAUAGUCUAUACAUGCUAUACCAUUGCACAUCACCAAACACCUCUUACCCAGAGUCCAACUCCUAACUUCUCAUCCCCUCUGUAGGUCUCCAGGCAAGCUGAGCUCCAGCCAGGCAGGUAGUCUGGAAAGCAGCUCCCUGACUGGCUCUCUCUCCCUGGGGCUAGACCUGCCUCACUGCCAGUGCUGUAUCUCCUACAAAGCCCGCCUGAAACGCCUGUCCUGCGGCCACCUCUACUGCGACACCUGCACAGACCAGAUCGUCAACCUGGCCUUCGAGGACAUCGAGGGCCUCUCUGAUUACCCCUGCCCCAUGUGCAAGUCCCUCCGCCAGCUAGGGGACCUGGGCCCCCCCUCCUUUGGGCCAUGUGGGACCCUGCAGCAGCAGGUGGCUAAAGAGCAUGGGAGCAGGUGGGGGUAA